AGUUUACCUGGAAGCUUUGUCAUCUUCGAUUGCAAAUGCUUCAUCUCUCAUCAUACGAUUCUUUUCAUGGCGGCAGAGUCUGGCAGUCCAAGCCUGAGCCGAGCUGGGCAGGCCCUGGCCCAGCCCACUUGAAAUCUCAUAAAUUGUGCAAGACAUGACAUCGGGUGUUGCUGUCUCCAAUAUUUUUGGAGGGAUUGAGCAGCAAACAGCCCACCAUGUAUCUUGACAAUGCUGCGGAUAAAAGAUUUGCAGCCUCCUCCUAUGAGUUCCAUUCUACAAUUGCGGCUGUAGUAGGUGGCUAUAGGGGAAGAAAUUUGCAGCCCAAAAUUUCCUAUAAAUUGAGGCUCAUUCUGCCAAAUGAGAGGGUGCAGAAGUGCGAGAGGUGCGAGGCAAAACAAGAGAGAGUUUGGAAUUAAGUUGGAGAAUCAGAACGAAGUUGGCUGCUUUUUCCUUGAAGAACCAAUUCCACCCCUAGGGUGUUGGGAGCAACAAUUUGCAUGCGUUGAGGGGUUCAACUUAGGGCUACAUGGUUUGCUUGAAUAUGAACAAUUUCCAUUAGCUCAUCAAUCUUCAAAUGUGGAGCUCAACGAUUUCGAAGAUUUUUCCGGUGAUUUGUGGGUUUUCGAUGAUCAUCCAUCGUUCCACAAUGAUCCCAACAACAAUAUUGCCAAUCCAGACAAUAUUACCGAGCAAGAGGAGUCUCUGACUCCAAACGACGUCGUGAGAAGAAACGGCAGGCACAAAUCCUCGGCGCUGCAGUUGGAAGAGAUUCAGAAAUACUUCGAUUUUCCGAUAACUAGGGCUGCCAAAGAGCUGAACGUGGGCCUCACCGUGCUCAAGAAACGCUGCAGAGAGCUUAAUAUUGCGCGCUGGCCGCACAGGAAGAUCAAGAGCUUGAAGUCGCUCAUUCAUAAUGUUAAGGAAUUAGGGUUGACGAAUGAGAUAGAGAUGCUGGAGGAGCAUAAGAAGAUGGUGGAGAGGAUACCGGAAAUGGAGCUCACUGAGAGAACUAAGAAAUUGAGACAAGCUUGCUUCAAAGCCAAUUACAAGAAGAGAAGGUCCCUCCAACAAAUUGUUUUUCCUUGAAUUCUUUAUUCACUCUUUUUGAAAGAAAAAAAGAAAAAAAAAAGAAUUUCUAGUCCUAUAUAUUAUCUGUAUUUCUUGAUUACUAGAUGUGGAUGAGAUCAAACUAAAAUCUUAGUUUUGUAUCUCAAUUGGUUACUUUCAUCAUGUCUAGUUAUGUAAGUUCGUGUUCGUAUUCCUUUGCUUGUCUGAAUAAUGGUCUUGGGCCUGGCUGAUCUUAUCUGGUCAGUCCAUUGAUAUUGGGCCUUUUGCGCUUAGGUUUAAAGAAUUGAAGUGCUUUUUGACA